CAUCGCUGCCGAAAGCUUUACCGUUACUUCGAAAAAAUUAGAAAGCAAAAGAAAAAAAGAGAAAUCAUCGACUGCAAUGCCGUCGCGUCUUCACCGUAAACUCUCUCUCUAUGCUUUUGCUUUCUGGGCUUUUCUAAUAUCACCGGCGGUGUCGCUUACUUGCACGUCUCAGACCUUCCCCAGCAACGAUCUCUAUCCCCACUGCCUCGACCUACCAACCCUCUCAGCUUUCCUUCAUUACUCCUAUGAUUCUGCGAACUCAACGCUCUCUGUCGCCUUCUUCGCGCCUCCCUCAAAACCCGGCGGAUGGAUCGCGUGGGCAAUCAACCCGACGGGCACAGGCAUGGCGGGGUCGCAGUCUCUGGUUGCCUACCGGGGCUCGAACGGCGUCGUAACGGUCAAGACCUACGACGUCGCGUCCUACGGCUCCAUAGUUCAGUCGAAGCUAUCGUUCGAUGUGUGGGACACGAAAGCAGAGGAGGUGAACGGAGUGAUAAGGAUGUUCGGGAAGAUUAAGGUACCCGCGGAUUUGGCGGCGAAGGGGACGGUGAAUCAAGUAUGGCAAGUGGGACCCGCCGUUGGAGCGAACGGCGCUCUGGUGAAGCACGAGUUCUUGGCGCCCAAUCUCAAUGCCAAAGCGACGCUUGAUUUGAGUGGUGCACAGGGCGGGGUUAUAACUACUGCUGGUGGAGGAGAUUCUAGGCUUAAGAAGAAAAAUAUUCACGGGAUACUAAAUGGAUUGAGUUGGGGGAUUCUGUUUCCUCUGGGAGUGAUUAUCGCACGAUAUGUGAAAACAUUUGAAUCUGCAGAUCCAGCAUGGUUUUAUCUUCACGUGUCUUGCCAGUUAUCCGCCUAUGUUCUUGGUGUUGCUGGGUGGGGCACCGGCCUCAAGCUCGGAAGUGAAUCCAAAGGCUUUCAAUUCACUUCUCAUCGCAACAUUGGGAUUGCCCUUUUCUGCCUCGCAACAAUUCAGAUUUUUGCAUUGUUCUUGAGACCAAAGAAGGACCACAAGUACAGAUUUUACUGGAAUAUUUACCACCAUGGAAUUGGGUAUUCUGUCAUCAUCCUGGGAAUUCUUAAUGUGUUUAAAGGCCUUAACAUGUUGAAGCCUGGGAAGAAGUGGGAAUCAGGUUACAUCGCGGCAAUCGCCACCUUGGGUGGAAUUGCCUUGUUUUUGGAAGCUGUUACUUGGAUUAUUGUUAUCAGGAGAAAAUCAAGUCUGUCUUCCAAGGCCUAGUUCAGAUUAUUAAAACACCAGCAGUCAAUGAAGGCCGUAGACAACAGACAGCAGACAAUGGACAAAUGCUCCAACAAUUGCCUGCUCUGCUCAUCUUGAUACUAGACUCCCUAGGUAGCAUAUAAUAUAUAUAUCUUCACCUUGUUUGAUAUGUUCGUAGCUCUAUCUAUUGAAAUCUUGAAGACGAGACGAGAGACACUUUUCUUCUACUUUUUCUCAACCUUUUCUGUAAUGGGUUGGUUUCAUACGCUACUGUUAUUGCUCAGUAAAUAGAUAUAAAAAAAAAAAAAAAAAGGAAUUUGCUCACUUCUUCUGUCUGGUGCUUUGAUUUCCGAUCCUUUGGUCUUUUUAAUUUGCCUCCUCAACAUUGAUGAUCCUUGUCAGUCGUGUUCUGGAUAUAUCGCAUAUCCUUACAGUUCCCAUGGUUGGAUGAUUUAUACAGAGAAGUUUGUUGUCUAUCAACUCAACUACCAUAUUUGUCAUUACCUCCCCUUUGUUAUAAAGAAUGGAUUCAUUUUGUUUCGUGUCGGAA